UUUUAUUCUCGCCCUCCCCAUAAACCUCGUGCGUGCCCUGGGCAAGGGACACUGACGCGACAUGACACGGUUGUAUCCUGUCACACUGAAUCGCAUAACUCGUUGUUCUACCCAGAUGCAGCACUCUGUUUCGCUUCGGGCGUGACAACACUGGUCAAGAAAUUCGGAGAAUUCUUCACGCUCAUCACUUUUGCUGCCCACCCUAGAAAGAGGAUGGGCCUACUGCCGUUACUGAAUGCUGUGGACGUACUGAUUUUACAUUGUCCUUUAUGUUGUUUUCACACACAUUGGCUUGCCCAAUUGGAGACCCAUUUCAAUCUGGAACAUGAUUCAGAAACUGUGGAUUUUAUGCUUUAUCAGUGCUCGCGUUGUCAGAAAAUUGCCUCCUCAAAGUCUUUCCUAACCGAACACCUGGAAUUGCAUCACAAGUCACCGGUACUAAAGCACAAUGGCCGUUCGGAGGCCAUUGACAAUGAAGUUGGUGCUGGUGCUGGCGGCGGUUGCGGCUCAGUGGUACUAGAAAACGGUCUUAUCGACCAACAUUCGAGUGAAAAUAGUAAUGAUAGCAAUGCGUCGAUGGAAUUGAAAGAGAAUAGAAAAAACAGCGAGCAUUCCAGUCCGCAAACCAGGGAUGACGGUAUAAGCAAAUCAGAAAAGAAACCUGGAGCUUACGUGAAAACUCUAUUUGUCGGUCAGUUAUGUGGUCGUUCCUCUGUGCGAACGGAGAACGUCUCGCAAAACGGCCCCAUGCUUGGCAUUCAGCAUCAGUGUUUAUUCUGUGAGUAUACCACCGCCCAUCCGAAACAGUUAUCUGAACACUACGCUCGACAUGGUAUCCGACAACUUCGGUUGCCCUUGGAGCUAGAAAACAGUGUCAGUUCGAUGGCGGAACCCCGGUCAUCCCCAGAAAAGUCGAUGCAUUCCGCUCCAGAUUCAACCCGUUCUGUUUUGACCCAACUUCGAUCCAAUCCGCUGGCGGCAAUGGAUGAAUUGGCAAAGUUCGUGGCAUCCGGGUCACAUCGAUAUGAUCUACCACCCGCCCUAAUGGCUCCAGUGUUAUCCAGUCAGAUCAAGGUACGAGAAUCUAGCAAGUCAACCUCAUCACACCAGUCCAUCAGAGACCAUCUAGAUAGGAGAGACUGUACUGGGAGAGAGAAUUCAGCCACAUCUUCGAACAGCUCAUUUUGUUGUGCCUCUUACCAUCCAACUGGAAAUCGAAGGAAACGCCACUCCAGCUGCGAAGCUUUGCUGCACUCGCAACACAAACGUUUUGCGGAGGAUCGUGACUACAACACACUGGAAGAAAUGCAACCGAAUUUCACUCGACUUUUGACCUGCAAUGAACCUCAUCGAGACAAAAGCUUGAAUCCAUCCUAUCCCUUCCGCUCUUCAGACUUGAUUGCGGCAGCACAGUUGAUGGAAAGAGCGUCCACUAAAAGUGGCAUUGAUAACGUUCAUGACGUACUGGCUUCCUCAGCUAAGAGAACCACCAGCCCGCCACCACACGUGAGCGCCCUCCAGACUAGCUAUUCACGGCUGAGCCCAUUACAGGCUUCCCUAUCAACAGGUGUCAAUCCUUUGCUUAUCUCCGCACUGAUGUCAUCAGGAUGUUGGCCCUUUUCAAAUCAGUUGUCUAAUGAGUGUGAUGGUGUAAAAAAUUUAUUGAAUGGUUCACUCGAGAGCUCACAAUCAGCUAGUCUCCUAAGCACUAUCAAUCGAACACCAGCUUCCGGAUUCCCACCAGUUCUUUCACCUGUAUCGACUGCGGUUUCACCAAAUCCCUAUAAAAUGAACCAAAGUAGAAGUCCGAAACUACAUUCCUCCGCGUUGACAAGCACCACUACGAGCAGCCUCAUUCAGGCUGUCAAGCAGAUUCCAGAUGCGACCACCUCUCAGUCGCCCAGUCAGUUCAGCCAUUCAUCACCGAUGGCAUUCGGUGGUGGAUCGAACGUGCCGUCCAUGACUUCCAGGUCAUUUAUCAACUGCCCACCAUUCAGUUCGCUCAGCAAUCAAGCAAACAACACUAAUGCUAUGCUUAACCAACAACUCGCUUUCCCAAUUCCACUGAACUUCCUUGGAAACGGUACUCUGAAUAAUGAUCCAAGUCAGUCAGCUCUAGCGAAUGCACUGUCAGCAUGGUGUCAUCAACACAUUGAGACUUCAAAUUUACUACCCUAUAACUUAUCCGGAACUGGACUCACUUCCGGUUCCACGGCGACCAGUACGGUUAACAAUGAAAGUAACCUCAUUGCCAACCUCUUCAGUUCGACAAGCUGUCCCAUGGACAUCAAAACUUCGUUACUACCAAACAGAGACAGUCCGAACAAUAGCAUGGCACAUACAUCACAUACAACCACACGUACCAAUUACCCUGGUGAAAUGGUUCUCCCUAAUGUCACUGAGAAUGGAAUGAUUUCACCCCUAAGGAAUCCAUUAACUAAUACACCCUUUGGAAAUGCUGCCUCUACGCUGAACUGCAAUACCUCUCCCUUUGUGCCCUUUACGUCAUCAGCCAAAUAUAACAGCAGUCAGGAAACGCAACCCAAUAUCGCAAUAUCCCAACCUUCCUCCCUAGCUGCAAUGAUGGCCGCGGCUGCUGCAGCUAUGGCAGGUAUUUGCAGACCGAACUCUCGAGAUGUCUACAACCUUGGUAUCACAUCAACUGCAAACAACACAGGUGGCACUGGGAGUGGCAACGGUGGCGCGGAACAUUCUCGGCUGGCGGACGACGAAGUGGAGGAGGAACGAAGCGAAGAGGAAGUCGACACAGAAGUGGAUGAAUUCAUGCAAGAAAUUCUCCUGCACCGCGAAGGUAGGGGUGGUUCCGCGUCUCCUGGCAUGGGAACGGUCGAUUUUCUUGAAUCCAAGGCUGCUAAGCAUUCCCGUCCACCUUCGCGAAUGAACGGAGAAACGAGAGGAGAGAAAGGUUCUUGUCUGGUGACUCCCGAAAAAGAUACAGCCGACGGCUGCACUACUGAAGUCAAGUCACAUUCGCGCAGUGCACCGGGUUUGUCAAGUAACAAUAUAUCUCCGAGUUCACUCAGUACGGAAAGUCGCCGAAGUGAACUAUCCUACACCGGACAUCAGCGUGGUACACAAGACUCACUGUUGAACAGAAAUUCAGCAUUCAGCGAUGUGAGUGCAAACGAAGGUGAUCACACAUGCACUUCAAGUACAAACCAAGGACCCAGUAACGUUGUUGGUCCAAGUGGACUUUUCAGCAUACGUCGAGCCGUCGGGUUAUCACGAACCAAUCUGCCAUUCCCUGCACGAAAGCGCCUGUUUGGUUGGUUGGUAGAUCACUUACGAGAGCCUUACCCAUCCGAAGAGGAGAAGAUGAUGCUUGCAAUGGAAACCGGUCUAUCAAGAACUACAGUCAACAACUGGUUUAUCAAUGCACGCCGCCGGUAUGUCAAACCACUCAUGCAAGGUCGUCUUGUGCUACAGUCGGGCGUUUUCAAAACCGUCUCUAGCGAGAGUUGUACUCCCAUUUCGCCAUCAUCACCAACUAGUACAUCUGGCUAUAAUGCGGCUCAAACCUCACCAAACGCCUCAGCAUUUCCUUCUACUGUUAAACCAAACUGCACACAAAAUGCCAUGUCAGACAAUCCCCUCAAUAUGGUACGUGGUGAACGACCUGGAUCAAGGCGUGGAUCAACUGUGUCUCAGUUCUCCUUGCCCUUCAGCUCCUCUGUGUUUCCAUCAACAAACGCUUCUGCAACAUCCCUAAUCGGUGAAGUGCCAUCAAUCCCAUCUAGUUUGGCCGCUGCAGCAGCCGCUACAUCACCCUUCAAUUCCAAUCUUUUCCAGCAGCAAGCCAUCACAUCUGUGCUAUCUAGCCAAAAAACUGGUUCAGGAGAAGGUUUGUCAGCGAUGGCAAUUGCGGCUGCUGCGGCUGCUGCCUUUGCUAGAGCUGGGAUCUCUGCAUCGAACAGUGUAUCCGAUCCCGGUACAGUGUUCACAUCCGCUUUCAGCACGGCCCUCGGUUCCUCCCUAUCUUCUUCGUCCCCUAAUUCUUUGCCCCAUUUAACUACCCUAUCCGAUUCGUCCCUGGAACUAAAUGCUUUGGACAAGAGUUCACUCAUGUCGAAAAGCAUUCUUUGUGCGACCAAUUCGGAGAAGCUUUCUGGAGACUGA